CGCCGCCCGGACCCGCGCCCGCGCCCUGGCCCGGCCCGGCCCGGCCGCAGCCCGCUGGGCGCCGCAGGCCCAGGACGCUGGCAUCACGGUUCGCAGUGGCAGUGGCUGUCCCGACCUCCGACCGCAGCCCUCCCGGACACGGACACACCAACCCCUUCCCAUGACCUCUGAUCUGAGUUGAUCAGAAAUUGUCAGAGGACGGCUCCCCUGCUCACACCUUGCGCCCUGAAAUGACAGAUCCCUUCUGUGUUGGAGGAGGCCGCCGGCUCCAGGGGUCCAGCAGAAGUGGACCUGGGAAGGGUGGCAGCCGGAAGGAGGUCCGACUUCCCAUGCUGCAGGACUCACCAAAGCUGGGGAUGCCCGUGGUCCAUAGUGGACAGACAGUAUCUGGCCAGGCUCCUCUCUGCUUUGACCCAGGAAGUCCAGCCAGCGACCGGACAGAAGGGAAGAAAAAGGGGCGGCCAAAGGCUGAGAACCAAGCCCUGCGAGACAUUCCUAUCUCCCUCAUGGACCAGUGGAAAGAUGAAUUCAAAGCUCACUCCAGGGUGAAAUGUCCCAACUCAGGGUGCUGGCUAGAGUUCCCCAGCAUCUACGGGCUCAAGUAUCACUACCAGCGCUGCCAGGGGGGCGCCAUCUCAGAUAGGCUGGCUUUCCCUUGCCCCUUCUGCGAGGCUGCAUUCACCUCCAAGACCCAGCUGGAGAAACAUCGGAUUUGGAAUCACAUGGACCGUCCCCUGCCUGCCCCCAAGCCUGGCGCAGUCAGCCGGCCGGUCUCCAUCAGCCGGCCUGUUGGGGUCAGCAAGCCUAUUGGAGUGAGCAAGCCUGUUGCUAUGGGCAAGCCUGUGGGAGUCAGCAGACCCGUUGGCAUCAGCAAGCCGGUCACAGUCAGCAGACCCUUGCCAGUCACUAGGCCCAUGCCGGUCACCAAGGCUGUCACGGUCAGCAGACCCUUGCCAGUCACCAAGGCCAUGCCAGUCACUAGGCCUGUGCCAGUCACCAAGCCCAUCCCAGUUACCAAGCUGGUAACAAUUACAAAACCUGUGCCAGUCAGCAAGCCAGUGCCGGUCAGCAGGCCUGUUGUGGUCAGCAAGCCAGUGCCGGUCAGCAGGCCCAUUGCCAUCAGCAGACACACACCAACCUGCAAAAUGGUGCUGCUGACCAAGUCUGAGAACAAAACACCUCGUGCUGCUGGGAAGAGCAGCGGUAAGAAAAGGGCCGCAGACAGCCUGGACAUCUGCCCCAUCCCACCAAAGCAGUCCAGGCCAGAGAAUGGGGAAUUCAGCCCAUCUACCCCCGACCAGAGCAUGGCCUUCCAGCUGAGCACAGACCCCAGCAGUAGCUCCCUGCUGCUGGGUGGCAGACCCUCAGUGGGCAGGGAGGCAGUGCGGUCUGCAGGCCCUGUGCCCCCACCUGAGGAAGACCCCGAGCGCACAAAGCAUAGAAGGAAACAAAAAACACCCAAGAAAUUUACAGGGGAGCAGCCGUCCAUCUCAGGGACCUUUGGGCUCAAAGGCCUGGCCAAGGCUGAGGACAAGGCCCGCGUUCACCGCUCCAAGAAGCAGGAGGGGCUGGGUCCUGAGGAUGUGCGGAAGAAGGUGCCGACCACCCCCACCAUUGUCAGCAAGGAGGCACCAGCUCCUGUGACUCACGUGGCCCCAGGUGGCCCUGAGGAGCAGUGGCAGCGAGCCAUCCACGAACGGGGCGAGGCCGUCUGCCCCACCUGCAGCGCGGUCACCCGGAAGACCCUGGUGGGACUCAAGAAGCACAUGGAGGUGUGCCAGAAGCUCCAGGAUGCGCUCAAGUGCCAGCACUGCCGGAAGCAGUUCAAAUCCAAGGCUGGCCUCAACUACCACACCAUGGCUGAGCACAGUGCCAAGCCUGCUGCCACUGAGGCUUCUGAGGGCGGGGAGCAGGAGGAACGAGAGAGGCUGCGCAAGGUGCUGAAGCAGAUGGGGCGGCUGCGCUGCCCCCAGGAGGGCUGCGGGGCCGCCUUCUCCAGCCUCAUGGGCUAUCAGUACCACCAGCGGCGCUGUGGGAAGCCGCCUUGCGAGGUAGACAGCCCUUCCUUCCCCUGUGCCCACUGCGGCAAGACCUACCGCUCCAAGGCUGGUCACGACUACCACGUGCGCUCGGAGCACGCGGCCCCGCCCCCUGAGGAGCCCACGGACAAGACCCCUGAGGCUGAGGAUCUGUUGGGUGUGGAGCGGACCCCAAGUGGGCGUGUCCGCCGCACCUCGGCCCAGGUGGCCGUGUUCCACCUGCAGGAGAUUGCAGAGGAUGAGCUGGCGCGGGACUGGACCAAGAGGCGCAUGAAGGAUGACCUCGUGCCCGAGACUGCACGGCUCAACUACACUCGGCCAGGCCUCCCCACACUCAACCCCCAGCUGCUGGAGGCGUGGAAGAACGAAGUCAAAGCGAAAGGCCACGUAAACUGCCCUAAUGAUUGCUGUGAAGCCAUCUACUCCAGCGUGUCUGGUCUCAAGGCCCAUCUGGCCAGCUGCAGCAAGGGGGACCACCUGGUGGGGAAGUACCGCUGCCUGCUGUGUCCCAAAGAGUUCAGCUCUGAAAGUGGCGUCAAGUACCACAUCCUCAAGACCCACGCAGAGAAUUGGUUCCGGACCUCAGCAGACCCACCUCCCAAACACAGGAGCCAGGGCUCCUUGAUGCCCAGGAAAGAGAAGCGAAGUCUGGCAGGCGGGAAGAAGCGGGGCCGCAAGCCCAAGGAGCGGCCUCCCGAGGAGCCCAUGCCCAAGCUGCCCCCCCGCCGGGAUGACUGGCCCUUAGGAGGCAGGGACAAGGGGUCUCGGGGCUCCACUGGGCGGAAGGCCCCAUCCCACUGGCCCUUGUCCUCAAAUUGGAGGGGACAGCUUCCUGUCUGCUCUGCCCAGGCACGUGGAGUAGGACCAGAGGUUCCUGUGCUCUGCCUCCUGCCUCCAGCCUUCUGUCACUGCAGGCCAAGGUUCGCAGCCUGAGGGGGAUCUCACUGGGGCUAGGGGCAUGUGGGUCCAGGGCUAGGUGGAAAGGGCCCAGCUCUGAGGAGUGAGCCCCAUGGAGAACAUCCUCUGCCAGGCAGGGCUGGCCCAGGGACAGAGCUCCUGUAGAAGCCCUCCUCCCCUUUACCUGCUCCUGUACAUCUGGUGGCAUUUGAUACAAGAACCAAAGGCCAGUGGGGGAGGAGGAGGAGGGGGCUCAGACAAGGUGGCAGCUCCAGGGCUCCCUUUAGGGCCCUGAGGACGGUAGGAUCUGCAGGUAGGGCAGGGGUCAAUCAGGGAUCCCCGGGCACCUGGAUGAGGGAGCCCCACUUACAGCCCCAUGUAGGGAGAAGAUGCUCAGAGACCUGUGGAUGGAGGCCAUUCGCCAGUGGGGGCGGGGGUGGGCUGAGGGCGCAGCCUCACCAAUCCUGGAGGAUGUGAAUUUUGAUAUUUGCCUGUGUGCGUGUCUCCUGGGUGUAGUGGAUGCCAGUCUUGUUGCUGUGACAAGUAACAACCUUUUUUUAAAUUCUGUUUUUUAUACAAAAACUCACAACAAUCUGACAUUUUGGUGCUAAGGGUUUCCUGGUGCCGAAGGUGGGGCUGGGCUGGCCAGGGCUGUGACUGGGGCUCUUCUGCUCAGGGGACAGUAUUGACUGGACACCCUCUUCCCCCAGGGAGGAGGGGCUCCAGCUGGUUUGUCCUGCCCUGCAGUAGGGAGACCAGUUCCAUGGGGCUUUUGGGGGUGAGAAGACUGGGCAGGCCUGGCCUGAUGUGUUGGGAGGGGUGAAGAGAGUGGACUCCCCCAACCGCACACACCUUGACCUGCUCAGAGGAUGGUGGCCUAGGUGGAGAAGAGUGUGGUCAAGAGUCAGAGGAUAGGCCGGGCCUCUGGGGCAGUGUGCUUUCCAGUGUACCUGAGUGCACCCAUGGUGGAGGUUGGACCCCAGCAGGGUGUAGCCACCUGCCCAGCCUCUCAGGUAAUUGGCACUUGGGGGGAAGGGAGGCCUGGCUUUUUUUGGGGGGGAGUAGGUUGAGUUUCCAGGACACCCCCAAAUUCCACCAGUAACCCUGGCAUAGAAGUGGGCCUGGGUGACAGUAUUUAGCACUUUAACCCCUGUGUCUUGAAUUGAGCAGGGGGGCUGCUGACGGAGUGGCUAUGGUUGGGAGUCUGCCCUCCCUCUCUCCCUCCCUCCUUUCCUUUCCUCCCCUCCCAUCCACCCACACUAGCUAGAGAGGGGCAGUGGCAAGCCGGUCUGCAAAGCCUUCCUCCUAAGGGUGUAGGGCCCUGGGUGGGGUGCGUCAGGGUGUGCUCACCUCCCACUCUGGCCCACACAUGACAAGGUGACCACUGGCCUCCACAGACAGCCUCAGUGGGAGGGACCAGAAUGGCAGACCCUCAGGGUGUGGUGAGCAUGGAACUUGGAGGACCAAGCCCUGGGCCCUUGACAAAAUGUGACAGUUGGGGUCUCUCCAGAUCUACCUCUGGUUCAGUGCUCGCCCUUCCCUGAGAACAGAAAAGUGCCCCACGGGCUGACACUUCACACAGAAAUGGGAUGCACUUUAUUAGCUUCUUUGCAGGCGGAUGAGGGUGCAUCCUGAGUGGCUGUGGCCUUCCUGUCCCUCUGGUGGUUCUGAAGGGAGACUCUGGAAGGGGAGGACUUUCCCUAUAAGUCCCUGCUGGAGGCCUAGCGUUCAGGAGGGCCAGCCAAGCACCUCUUCUGCCUGGCAGCCCUGCGUCCUAAACUUCGGGUUUCUUCAUUUGGUUUUUAAUGAGGUUCUUAGCACACAAGUGCAUUUCGAAAGACAGGUUCCAGCUAUCACUUGUAACCAUAUAUAUACAUAUAUAUUCUAUCUACAAAAUGUUUAUUUGCAAGAUGUUUUGACGGUGAGCUCGGGCCCUGCCCGCCUUGUGACCAUCUGUCCCCAACCUCGUCCCUGCCCCGUCCCCUGGCGAGUGGCGCGGGGACGCGCCAUCAACUGUAUGUAUUAAAAAUGACUGUAUCGAAUAAAUGUUUAUUGACUUUUUUCCA